AUGACGAGGCAAGGGACGCCACUGCACAUCUGGUGCCGUCUUGCAACAGGCACAUGUAGAUGUUUCAAUUUUGGUCUCUUCCAAUGGCUAUGCAAAAGGAUGAAAGCUCUCAGGAAAGUACGCGACCGCAUUGGCCACCAUGAUACUCAGGAUGUCGAUGCCGCAAGGCAGGAUCAACUGGAAAAGCCUUUCUUCCUAGGCAGCAAGGACAGCCUCCACAUUGAUGGCGAAAACGACGAAGAGCGAUCGAAGCUCGAGGCUUUGAAGAGCAAAGCCAGCUCUAUCAGACGUGCAGUCGUUCACCCUCGUCAGACUCUCAAGGAACGACCCCAGAAGACGCUUGCCAACCAGUUUAUUCUUACUGAGCGACCAUGGCUGGAGGACGAGCAGAAGGCCGAUCAGAAGCUGGAGGAGGCAUACGACGCACUGCAUAUUGCCCAGGAGAGCUGUCGGCAGCAGCCCAGAAACGCUGUCCUACUCGCCAGUAUUCGCGAGGCUGAACGUCGUAUCAGUCACCUGGAAGAGAAGAGGGAGGAGAUCGAAGUGGCGUGGCACAUGUCGCGCUAUGUUCAUCGAGCUCGUGUUGUCCGCCAUGCAAUGUCAAUGCCAUCGAAGCAAGCCCCUGAGUUUCGGCGACUCGAUGACAAGGGUCAGAAUGAGCGCUUUCUGUCGAUCAAAUGGAUCGGGCACUUGGUGCUUUACGGCUUCCAGAACACUGCCAACACUUACAUCGACCCUACGAACAAUCUACCUUAUAGUCGACAGGAGCUGAUCCGCAACAUUGAACGUCUCCUGGUCACAUCUCAAGGCUUCCAGUAUUGGUGGAAUCGCGUCCGAUACGUGUAUCGAUGGGAAGACCCUUGGCUGACUACCAAGUGGUUCCUGCUCUUUCUCGUGCUGCUUAAGACUGGCUACUUUGUGACCUUUUAUUACUCCUAUCUCCUCUACUCAUACAUUUCGAACAUCGAUGGCAAACACACACGGCGCUGGCUGUUCGACUCGUCGAAGCGAGCGGACCAGACGCAUGGCCGCGCAGUCAUGCUAUCUGAGCUGAUCCUUCGCCAUGGCCAGGACGCAUGGUUUGAACCAGUCAUGGAAGAGAUAGGGCCGUGGCUGCAAGAGCAAUUCCUGGAUCUGGCCCAAUUCCUGGAGAUGGCAAACAACUAUUACAUGUGGCGUAAUCGAUCUGCCGGCAUGUACACAUGCUUCGGAUACGUAUGUCUGGCGCUGGUCUGUGCGAUCCCGAGCAUCGAGUUCUCUAUCAAGGUGUUCUGGCUGUCCUGUGGUCUUUUCUUCUUCAUGGCAAGGCCUAUUGCUAGCUUGUAUCCGAGGUUCCGCCAUACUGUGGACCCGAUCAGGUGGCUGUAUUGGAACCACCCUACACAGUCCGAGUUCUGCUUCCUUUGGCUGCGCAGUCAUGCGUCUGAUAUGCGAGCACGGCGCCCACGUCCGGAGUACGACGACCACCUGAUAUCGGGGGAUGAUCCUGAUUCGGAGGACGUAUUCCACGAGUGUACUGGCGAAGAACGCACCGGGACGAACAUCCAUCGAUAUCCUGAUGAAGGCACCCAGGAUACAGCAAUGAUGUCUUGGCCAGCGCACUGCAAAGAACGUCGUGGGCGGCUCGAGGUGACCCAGCAGAGAUUGCGCUUCGUUACUCGUGGGGGUGUGGACAGCGAUACGAUCUGGUCGCGACCUCUAGACGAGCUCCUGGAACUACAAAAGCUUUCGCUGCCGCUCACCGAUCUGCCAACCCCAGGACCAUCACUAACCAAGUUCUCCAAGUCUUCAGCAGCAUUAAUUGUGCUGUGGAUGAAGCCGGAGAGGCCACUCGCCGUGGACACCACAGAAGAAGUCUUCAACAAUGACAGCGUGCGUGAUGAGAUUGUAAUGUACGGUAUGCAUGAGCAGGCUCGGGACGAAGCUUUCAAUGCAAUUAUCGGACUCAGUGCUGUGACUUGGCAAGAGUUGCAGCCUGAAGUGCGACAUAAGAUGAAUGAAACGUUCUUCAGAUGA